AUGAACAAGAACAAGUUCCCUUUUACUCCUUCUCAAUGGCAAGAGCUUGAACAUCAAGCUCUUGUUUACAAGUACAUGGCUAGUGGAAUCUCUAUUCCACCUGAUCUUCUUUUCACCAUCAGAAAAAGCUUUUUGGACUCUCCUCUCUCUUCAAGACUUUUGCCUAACACCCAACAACAUCACUUUGGAUGGAACUAUCUGCAGAUGGGUUUGGGAAGAAAGAUAGAUCCUGAACCAGGUAGAUGCAGAAGAACAGAUGGAAAAAAAUGGAGAUGCUCAAAAGAAGCAUAUCCAGAUUCUAAAUACUGUGAGAGACAUAUGCACAGAGGAAAAAACCGUUCAAGAAAGCCUGUGGAAGUUCUGAAAACAACAACAAAUAAUGCUUCAACAUUUGCAAACUCAUCAAUCACCAAAAAUAGUUCUUCUCUGUCCUUUGAUACACAACAACACCAAAACUACCCUCAAAAUUCUAUCUAUGGUUCCAAUUUGCAACAUUCCUUUAUGUAUCCUCAGACAACAUCAAGGUCAUCAGCAUCAUCUGGUAUCGGUUUGUCAUUUGAAGACAAUAGUGCUUCCUUGUUUCUUGACAGUAACUCUUGCUCUCAGAAUAAUGGAGAUUACAGGAACAGGUAUGUGUAUGGACAAAAAGAAGAGGUAGAUGAGUAUGCGUUUUUCAAAGAACCUUCCGGCAGCACUACUAUGAAAAGCUUCUCUGCUUCAUCAAUGGAACAUGAUCCUUGGCAACUAACACCACUCACUAUGAGUUCAUCCUCGUCCUCUUCAUCUCUGAGACAGAGGAGCUUUUCUUCUCUGUCCAAUGAUUACUCUUGCCUGCAACUUCAAAGCUUGAAUGAACACUCAAAACAGCAAGAACAAGAAGAACCUCAGAAAAUUGUUCAUCGCUUCUUCGAUGAAUUGCCGCACAAAGGGAGAGACCAAUGGCUUGAUUUGGACGAUAAAUCAUCCACUACUCAACUCUCGAUUUCUAUUCCUUCAUCUGCUCAUGAUUUUCCAACUUUCACUUCAAGAAAUCAGCAUGAUGGUUGA